AUGAAAGUCAAACAUAAAAUUCAAAAAGCUCAAGAAGAAGGGAGGCCUUACUGGUCCUUCGAGUAUUUCCCCCCCAAGACCCAGCAGGGUGUUCAAAACCUUUACGAUCGUAUGGAAAGAAUGUAUCGUUUAGGACCGGAAUUUAUUGACAUUACAUGGAAUGCUGGUGGGACCUCUUCACAGUUAACAAGUGAAAUCGUAUCUACUGCUCAAUCUGUAUAUGGUUUAGAAACUGUCAUGCAUCUUACAUGCACAAAUAUGCCUAAAGAAAAGAUUGAUAAAGCUCUCAAGGAUGCCAAAGAUUGUGGUUGUCAGAAUAUUCUUGCUCUUCGUGGUGAUCCUCCACGAGGUCAACUUAAUUGGGAAGCUUGCGAAAAUGGGUUUUCUCAUGCUAUUGAUCUUGUCCGUUAUAUUCGUGCGCAAUAUGGUGACUAUUUUGGGAUAUGUGUGGCUGGUUACUGUGAAGGUCAUAUAGAUAAUCCUGAUAAAGAUGAUGAUCUGCGCCGUCUCAAAGAGAAAGUAGAUGCUGGUGCUGAUUUUAUUGUAACUCAAGUGUUCUAUGACGUGGAUUUAUUUUUAAAUUGGGUCAAAAAAUGCCGGGCAAUAGGUAUUACAUGCCCCAUUAUUCCUGGACUUUUACCAAUUCAAAACUACAAUGGAUUUAACAGAAUUGUAAGUCUUUCCAAGACUAUCGUUCCCAAGUUCGUUACUGAAGCAUUAGAACCUAUUAAGCACGAUGAUUCUGCUGUAAAAGAGUAUGGAAUAAAGUUGGCUGUCGAAAUGAUUAGGAAGAUGUAUGAUAAUGGAAUAAGUGGCUUCCAUUUUUAUACAAUGAAUUUAGAAAGGUCUACAAGAUUAAUCUUAGAAGCCUUACAAUUUGUCGCUCCUGUAGAAAAAGUUAAACCAUUACCCUGGUGUCCGUCUCUUUCAGCUAAACGUAUAAAGGAAAAUGUACGUCCCAUAUUUUGGAGAAACCGCAUUAAAAGUUAUGUUACUCGUACAGAAGCAUGGGAUGAAUUCCCUAAUGGAAGGUGGGGAGAUGCGAGAUCUCCUGCUUUCGGAGAACUUGAUGGAUAUGGUGUAUCUCUUAAGCAAACUAAAGAAAAUGCUCGUGAAUUAUGGGGAUGUCCUAAGUCACUGAACGAUAUUUAUACUAUAUUUGCUCAAUAUUGUCGUGGUGAACUAGUUUCUCUCCCUUGGUCUGACCAAUCUCUUGCGCAAGAAACUGAUAUAAUCAAGGAUCAAUUGGCCUAUAUCAAUUCAUUGGGAUAUUUAACUAUUAAUUCACAGCCUGCCGUUAACGGGGUCCGCAGUGAUCAUAAAGUUUUCGGUUGGGGCCCUAAAAAUGGAUAUGUAUAUCAAAAGGCUUACCUAGAAGUUUUUGUCUCACCGACACAACUUGAUUCUCUUAUCGCAAAAAUAGAGCGUGACGGUGACCUAAAAACCAACACUCAGAGUGAAGGCCCCAACGCCGUCACGUGGGGCGUUUUUCCUGGUAAAGAGAUAAUUCAGCCAACCAUUGUUGAAGCAGUAAGCUUUAUGGCGUGGAAGGAUGAAGCUUUCGAACUCUGGAAUGAAUGGGCAAAAAUUUAUGACCCAGAUUCAGUAUCUGUCAAGUUGAUAACUCAAAUUUCAGAUAAUUGGUAUUUGAUUAACAUUGUACAUAAUGAUUUCCAUGAUGGUAGUGGCAUUUUUCGCAUUUUUGAACCGGACGGUAUUCCGGAAUUAGCAGAGGCUGAUCGUUGA